AUGGGGCGGCAGCAGCAGCAGCAACACUCACAUCUCCAGGGCCUGUCGUUUGCGGCCCGGACGAUCCACGCGGGCGACCACCUCAACUCGCACCACGCGGUGGCGCCGCCGAUGCACGUCUCCACGACGUUCCGGUAUAGCGAUGACCCGGACAAGCUGUCGAGCUGGGUGAACGUCAAUCCCGCAAACCCGCACGACUCGCACGUCUACUCGCGCGACUCGGCGCCAAACAGCACGCGCCUCGAGGCGGUACUCACGUCCAUCCUUCAGGGGCCCUCGCUGACCUACGCGUCCGGCCUGGCCGCGUUCCAUGCGAUGCUCGUGUACCUGAACCCGCGCCGCGUGGCCAUCGGCGGGGGCUACCACGGCUGCCACGGCGUCCUCAAGGUCCUGACUAAGCUCAACGGGCUGGAGCAGCUCGACCUCGACUGCCCGGACGAGAUGCUGCGGCCGGGGGACGUGAUCCACGUCGAGACGCCGCUUAACCCGACGGGAGAGGCGCGCGACCUCGAGUUCUACGCGGCCAAGGCGAGGCGCGCGGGCGCGUACUUGACCGUGGACGCGACUUUCGCGCCGCCGCCGCUGCUCGACCCACUGCGCUGGGGCGCCGACGUGGUCAUGCACAGCGGGACAAAGUACUUUGGCGGCCACUCGGACAUGCUGUGCGGCGUGCUGACGGUGAACCCCAAGCACGCGGACAAGUGGCUGCCGGGGCUGAGGGAGGAGAGGCUCGUCCUGGGCGCAGUCAUGGGCAGCCUCGAAGGCUGGCUCGGCGUGAGGAGCCUGCGGACGCUCGAGAUCCGAGUGCGCAAGCAGAGCGAGGAUGCGACGGCGCUGGUGGCGUGGCUCGCUGCCCGGUGCGCUCAAGGCAACAACAACAACAAGGAAGCAACUAACGCGGGUUCUUCGUCGUCGGCAGACGAUGCCAUACGCAGGAUGGUUGCGGGCGUCAAGCAUGCCUCGCUCCAGCCCGAGGCCAAGGAUCCCGAGUCCUGGCUGGCCAGGCAGAUGCCUCGGGGCUACGGCGGCGUCUUUUCCAUCCUGCUCAAGGACACGGAGUGCGCGAGGCGGCUGCCGAGCAAGCUCCGCCUGUUUGACCAUGCCACGAGCCUGGGCGGCGUCGAGAGCUUGAUCGAGUGGCGGGCAAUGACGGACAAGACGGUCGACCCGCGGCUGCUGCGUGUCAGCAUCGGCCUUGAGGGCUGGGAAGACCUCCGUGACGACCUCGUGCAGGGACUUCAGGCGCUGAUUGCCGAGGGGAGGUGA